AUGUCAACAACCUACCUAACCCCCCUCACAACAAACACCCCAACCAAACGCUCCGCCUCCGCGCCCCCGCCAAGCCGCACACUCUACACCUUCCAAGAAGUCCACCCUUGGCAACGCGACAACGAGUACCUCAAGAACCAUUAUCGUUGCACCACCAAUUCCUACCGCGAAUGUCUUAAGAGCUUGUCGUAUCUGCACAACCAGACUGGAAAUAUUUACACGCAUCUCAUCGGCGCCGUCUUCAUCCUCUUCUACGCUAUCUACGCUUACAGCAAUAUUAGCAGCCGUUACGAAACUGCUGAUAUAAACGAUUUACUGGCUUUUGGGGUUUUCGUUGGUAGUGCGGUCGUGUGUUUCGGCGUUAGUGCUACAUUCCACAUGUUUGGGAACCACUCGAGCAAAGUAUAUCAUACAUGGUUGCAAUUGGACCUAUAUGGCAUCUUCGUGUUGAUCGUAGGCACGGUGUAUUCGGGGACGUAUUAUGGAUUCUAUUGCCAGAAACAAUACUGGGUGUUGUAUUCGGCUGGGAUUACUUCGAUUGUCACGGGUGCGGCAACGCUUUGUUCGAUACCGCGGUUCCGCACGCCGAAAUGGAGGUGGGCGAGGGCAACGCUGUUUUGUGCGAUUGGCUGGUCGGGUGCGGUGCCGAUGACGCAUGCGGCUCAGGCGUUUGGCAAGGAGCAGGCGGAUAGGCAGAUGGGAUGGCGGUUGAUGAUUUUUGAGGGACUGUUUUAUAUCACGGGGGCGUUUAUCUAUGCGAUCCGCUUCCCGGAGAGAUUUCGCCCGGGCCUUUUCGAUAUCUGGGGUUGCUCACAUCAGAUCUUUCAUCUUUGUGCUGUGGGGGGUGCGGCGCUGCAUUUGGUGGCGCUGCUGAAGGCGUUUGAUUAUAAUCAUGAUCCGGCGACGCGGAUAUGCUGA